CUCAUCUCUGUCCAAUAUGCCGGACAAGACAGACAUAUGGCAAGCGGUUAUCCGCUAGGUUAUAAACAUCUUUUAGUACAUGUGUAAACAAAUGUUUAUCCAAAGAAGUAUACAAGCAUCGAGGAUGGCUCAUGACAAUUUUCGAAAGAGAAUGCAUCAAAAUAUAACUUUUAAAGGGAUUAAAAAGUAUUAAGAUGCCACAUUUACUGCUGGUACAUCGUCUGAUAACCCACAAAAUGGGUCAAGACCAAACAUGUCAAAAAUCGACAAGGCUCUUGGACUUUUGUUUUUUGGGUGUAAUAUUCCUUUUGCAGUUGUGGAAUUGAAUCAUUUUUUUAAUUUUAUUAAACUUUUAAACCCUAAUUAUAUACCUCCUAUGAGGAAGACACUGAGUGGGCUGAUUCUAAACGAAGUCUAUGAAAAGAUUGUUAAUGAUAAAAAAUCAAUGGCAGAUGAACACAGACUACUCUUGAAUGAUUUGAAAAAUAAAAGUAAAAAUGAAAAAUAUAUUGUGGGAACUAUCCGCAAUACUACAGGAAAACAACUCUUUUUAAAUGCUUGGGAUUUUACAGAAAUAUUCGAAACUGCGGGAGCUUUAAAAGAAGUGACAGGAAAGACUGUCAAAGAAGCCAAAGAGAAAUACAACAUGGAAAUAUAUGCACAAUGCUUCAGUGAUGAUUAGCAUGGGUAAAAUGAUAGAUUUGUGGCAUGUAACUUGUAAUAGUCAGAAGGGAAAUUUGCUAGCGAAAGGACUGGUAGAAUCUGCAUUUAAUGAAGAAGUGAAACUAGUUCUAACAAAGUUUAAAUCUUCAAAUUUAGAAAAACAACUUGUUCUGUUUGGUGGCCAAAGAAUCGUUGUACCAGAGGAAACCCGGUGGUGUUCUUAUCGAGGUGUUUAUAGAUGUUGUCUUAAAAAUCUAUCGAACAUGCGAAAAAUUGUUCGAAAAGAGAUUUAUGAGGUUCAUGCGAAAGUAGUCGACUUAAUUUUUGACAAGUCAUUUCAAGAAAAAUUAUUAUCAACCAUACUAAUUUUCGAUGCAGUUUGUGAAUUAGUCAAUAAAUGUAAGAAUAUUUCUUUUAGUAUAGCAGAAGCUUUAAAUGAGUGAAAUUAGAGUUACCUAUAUCCGAUGAAAAUUUGGAAUUACUUUUGGUACAACACCUUAAAAAAAUUGGAAGACCAAUUUGUUUUUGUUUUAUCCAUAUGUUUCAUCCCAUCAUUUACUUUUCGGUCUUCCACCUUUAUACAUUUUGAUACAAAUAUUUGUUAC